AGAUGAAAGAGUUUUUCUCGGGGGACAGGAUCCUGGCCAAAAAGCCACCAUACUAUCAAACUGGCGAGGUACCCGACAUGUGGUUUUCUCCAGAACUUGUCUGGGCGAUAAGGGGUGCAGACUUUACGGUGUCACCAGUUCACCAUGCUGCCAUUGGUUUAGUUCAUCCAUCUCGUGGCAUCUCAAUCCGAUUUCCUCGAUUCAUUUGUUCUGUCUCAGCUAGAAAGCCAGAAGAAUGUAGCGCAGCGACAGACAUAGCUGAAAUGUUUCAUUCCCAAACUCGAAAGAUGGAUGUGAGCGUUGGAAAUUGAUAUGUAAGUUCUGGGAUUUUGCCCGUAGAUACCUUUUUUGAGAAGCCAUAGGUAUAGCUUCUCAAGGGCAGUUAGGUUUGUCCUUUUGCCGCGCCUGCAGGACCCUGUUGUGUGUGUGUGG